AUGGCGAGUGGCAUCGACACGUCGACAUCACUGUUGCGCAAUGUUUCCGAGGGCAUCCGCGUGGAAGCGCAAGUGGUGGGUCGCGGAUUUAUAGCGCCAGUCUGUAGAUUACAAACGGUUUUGCGUGAUACUGAAACAGGGCAGCAUGCGCACAGACAUAACGGGACACCCACACCCUCACACACAGAUACAGACAAAACCGAGCACGCACCAAGACACGUGCGUUCGGGGGAUGCUCGAUGUGUGUUUGCUGUGCCGCUUCGACCGAAAAGCAGUACAAGUAAAACCACCCCCAGCGAUACACAGAGGAACACGACAACAGGAGGUAGAAGAGAACAGACACGUGUACAAACAGCGACACCGCUGGACUCAGACCAAUCGCAUAUGCAACCAUCUCCAAACGAGAAGGGUACCGGGCGGGUGAAGUUGACGUGUGGUUUGGGUCCAGAUGUCAUGCCUACUAAGUGCAGCUCGUUCCCUAUAGCCAGAGGCCUGGAAGAAAUUCAAG